UGGACCCGAACAUCUCAGAAAAAAGAUAUCGCACGCGAAACCCCCACUGGCCCACAGGAAACCAUGGACGGCGGCGGCGUCCGUCCGUCGCUUCCUUCGACUGCCGCGGCUGCGGGCGCCUCCGGCGCGGAUGAACCUCGCGACGCUCGAGUGGUGCGGGAGCUCCUCCGGUCGAUGGGUCUCGGCGAGGGCGAGUACGAGCCGCGCGUCGUGCACCAGUUCCUAGACCUGGCCUACCGCUAUGUCGGCGAUGUGCUCGGCGAUGCCCAGGUCUACGCGGACCACGCAGGUAAGGCCCAGCUCGAUGCCGACGACGUCUGUCUCGCCAUUCAGGCCAAGGUCAACUUCUCCUUCUCCCAGCCGCCGCCCCGUGAGGUUCUCCUUGAGUUAGCACGCAGCCGCAACAAAAUUCCGCUGCCCAAGUCAAUUGCUCCACCUGGCUCGAUCCCUCUGCCACCUGAGCAGGACACGUUGUUGAGCCAAAACUACCAACUCUUACCCCCACUGAAGGCGCCAACUCAGGUUGAGGAAACGGAAGAUGAAAACGAGGAGGUCGACGCAAACCCUGCCAAUUCUAAUCCAAACUAUUUGAGGCAGGACCAGAGGGAGAACGAGCAACAGCAGCCUCUGCCUCAUACUCAAAGCCAGAGGGUUUCAUUCCAACUUAACGCUGUGGCAGCUGCAGCUGCAAAGCGAUCUCGAAUGACAAUUGAUCAGUUGAACAUGGGCUAACUGUCAGGUCGUCAGCUGGCUCCUAGUCGGAAAUAAAACUCUGCAAGUAGUUGUCGGGCAGAGCUCAAUUCUCUGCGCUUGAAUAGGCUUCGAGAUGUGUGCUGCUCAAUGUAUUAUCCGUAUGGUUGAAGCACUCUAGGGCAAGUCUGGCCAAAUCUGCCUGAAUCUCGUAGUGUUCUCUACGAGACUCUUUGAUUUUUAUUUAUGCUUAUUGAACUAGUGAUGUGCCUUGCAGGAACACCUUGUAUCUGUCGUAGAAUUUUGAAAAUUUGUAAUGUGUUGAUGAGAUGUUCUUUGUCAUGCACUGUGAAUAUGAAGUCCCCUGUCAGACUAGUUUGAAUGAGAUCCAAACAGAGCCUCAAAUGCUGAUUAGCAUA